GACAGGCGCGCGGCUGCUCAUCUGGACCGCCGGCGCUCGGUUUUCGUGUACGGAAGGACCGAUCGGAGCCGCUGCGGCAUGACAAAGUGACACUUGAGGCGAGCCGCGAUGUGUCCUUGAUCGGCGCGUCUCUGGGGGGCUCCAGCAUGAUCUUUCUGGGACUUCUUCUGCCCGCUCUGCUGGGGGGAAGCACGCAGGCCAGCCAUGGCGGACCCCCACUUGACUGCGUGGAUGCAGAGAGGCUCUGCCUGCUGGACCACCAAUGCAACAGCAGCUACCGGGUACUGGAGUACUGCGCCAUCGAGGAGGCCAUGUCCCUUCUGGGAUGGGACGCACGGAAGGAGUGUGUGACCGCCGAGAACGAGCUCGAGAGGAGCCCGCUGUCCGGGUGCAAAUGCCACCGCGGCAGUAAGAAGGAGGAGCAGUGCCUGAAGGUGUACUGGACCAGCCGCUUCUCACACAGAUAUCACGAGCUGGACAUCUCGCCAUACGUGGAGAUGGACACGGAACCCACGUGGAAUGGGGACGGCUUUCGGCUAGCGGGCAUCCUCUCAGGGUCGAGUGUGCCCACCGAUGUGGAGAAUCAGUGCUUGGAGGCGGCACAGGCCUGCGGCCUUUACGAGAAGUGUGGCAACCUGCGCUCCGAGUACGUGCUGGCAUGCACCAAGAGAGCCCCCAACAGCGACACCUGCAACCGACAGAAGUGCCACAAGGCGCUGCGCCGCUUCCUGGACCGCGUGCCCGAGGAGUACGCCUUUGGUGUGCUCUUCUGCCAGUGCAACAACACGCUGUGUGGGGAGCGCAGGAGGAAGACCAUCGUGCCAUCCUGCUCCUACGAGGAGAGGGAGAAACCCAACUGCAUGACUCUGCAGCACAUGUGCAUGAAGGACGACCUGUGCAGGUCUCGGCUGGUGGAUUUCCAGCACAACUGUCAGCCGCUGUCAAUGUCGCGGACCACCUGCCCGAGGGACAACGCCAUGGCCUGUCUGAGGUCCUACGUUGGUCUGAUUGGUACCAUCGUGACGCCCAACUACGUGUCCAACAACGGCACCGAGGUGGCAUACUGGUGCACCUGUGAGGCCAGCGGCAACCAGCGGCAGCACUGUGAAAAAAUCCUGACCAUGUUCAACCAGAACAGCUGUCUGCAGAACGCUAUCAAAGUGCUGAACAGUGGUGCCCAUCACACCCUGGAGGGCACGCAGACGUCGGCCAGGUCCUCCCAGCACUUCCAGCAGGACGACAUGAACGUGCUGCCAGGGAUCGUGGAGGUAAAGCACGUCGAUGUUGUCAGCGGUGGCGGUGGCAGAGUGGAGGUCAAUCAGCCCAUUUCUGAGAAGGCCAUCGUGUCCAACAGCCAGUCCGGAGCCACAGGAUUCGGGCAGUCGGCGGCGCUCCUGCUGCUGGCGCUGCUGCCACCGCUGCUGUAGACGAGGAGCAGGCUGGCAGAGACUGCGGGCGGCGGUGGCGUGGUGCCAUCGCUGUGCUCUUCUUAUGCUCUUCUUUUUUGCUCGUUUUGCUCUCUGAGACCCUCCAAGUCGCCGUCCUCCUCUCUUUGAUUGGCAUCUGCCUCCUCCGGACGAUUCCACCUGGAAAGGUCAGAAAGCAGCGGACAAUCACUGGCAUCCAUGGAGAGGGGCGGAACAGUCCAGCAGAUGUCCUCAUUCAGGGAGUGGGCAUCACAAGGCCAGUCCGCGUGAGGGUACGAAAUGGGACGGUCACUCUCGUGGAGGCCAGCUGCUGUGCUUUGUGCCAACGGACAGAACCUGAAAGUGGACACGAGUCAGAGAUGUCAGUGCCAUGCAGAAUGACCAGAGAGACCCCUAGUGGACACUAGGGGUCAGUGAAGCCCAGUGAAGUAAGGAGGCAGCUGGCCUGCGCUGGAGGGUCGGCUGCUUUGACCUGCCCGGCCCCUGAGCUUCGUGCCCACCUGCCCAUCCGUCUGUCUGCUUCAGGCGCCACACGUGAAUGCCACAGGGAUUCCAUGUAAUCAAGCGGGGCGCCCGUUAGCAGGCGUGUGAAGACCCUGAGGAGAAUGAGCAUGAAGUGAGGGGUCAGUGGUGACUGUGACAGUCAGGCUAUGGAGGGGUCAUCCUCUAAGGGGCUUCAUCACUCAGCGAGGGGACGCGUCACAUUGGACCUCCACCUCCACUCAUUUGAUGGCCUGAGCCGGUCAGCCGCAGGGUCUGCCAUGAGACCCCUGCAGAGUCCAAGGUUCAGGUCUCCUGAAGAGAGUGGCCUGGGUCAGUGUGCCCUGUGCGGGACUGGACUGGCACAUGGUUGACCCUGCCUUGUGCCCAAUGGUAGCAGGAUAGACUAAGUGGAUUAGGGUUAAGAAUGAUUCAGAGUGGGCACUGGUGCCAGAUGGGAAAUACUGCCAGGGACACUGGCAGCUGGCUGUGACAGCAUGUUGGACUGGGCACUUUAAGGCCCAAGUUGGUGUCAUUCAAGCGCCAGGGGCACAAUCAGGGAGCAGUAGCAGAGUCAGGUGUGUCCUUCGGGCUCGUAAGCAGACCUGUGACCAAGGCAGGCCCCUCAGGGACUGCCAACGUCUAUGCCAAAGAACACAUGCCAGACCCACGGCAGAGACAUCACUAGGCUGUGCCAUAGUAACUUUACGAGGGCUCGUGCCGGCAACCCAGGGACCCGCAGCAGGCCAGAGUAGAGUUUGUGUCACCGUCAGGCCCCACAGCGUCACUUGGCCGUGCCAGCUGAGAGUGGCAUUCCGAGUCAGGCCAUCUUGGGGGUCCCAUGCGUCAUGCAGCGCAUUUCACUCGCAGGUCCCGUGUUCCCGGAUACACAGCGCCAACCGCCAUUCAGCUUCAGCUUUCAGCUUCCAUCAGCGGUGGCAGGUGGCACGACGUGGAUCCGCAUAUCGACCCGCCAUCUUGUCCUUCAUGGCUUCGUCUUUGUUUUCCGGUCCCGUCUCUGUUGUUUUAUAAAAGUAGAAGGUCUGACAUUGUUAAUAAAAGCCCUUUUGAUUGGCU